GAAAAAUGUUAGGCUUUGCUCGGCGCGGCGCGGCUGUGCGGCGUCUCGCGACCGUCGCCGACAGCUCGCUCAAGGUCAACUUCAUCUUUGAGAAGCACAAGAAGCGAGUGACGGUGGCGGGAAUGGUCGGCUGGACGCUGCUGGAGACGGCAAAGCACCACGGGCUGCCCCUGCACGGCGCGCGCGCCGACUCGCCCUGGGACUAUGUGACGCUCGGCGAGGGUCCCGGCUCAGUCGAGGACCACAUUGUGCUUCCGGUGGCCGACUUUGAGAAGGUUGGCCCGUGCAGCUGGCAGGAGCAGGAGCUCCUCGAUGCCAGCGCCGCCGAUCACGUGCAGCCCAACUCGCGGCUGGCGUCGUGUGUUGUGCUGACCAAGGAGAUGGACGGCCUCACUGCGCUCGUGCCCGCCUCCAACGCGGACCUGAGCUCAUACAUGUGACCGGUGACCCGAGGUCUACUUUCGCGGCACACGGCCUGUUCUCGGCGCUUGGUAGGCCCACGUUUCAACAAUGCAGUACCAAGUAGCAAGUUUCUACAUUCUAGGGCGGUAGGGGAGAAUAACGACACUCUGUCACUGAGACUGACGCGCUCUAGGAGAUGAGAAAACGAGCUCGCGAGUAAUGCGGUUCGUUGGUAUCUCGUGUGUUUGCUAGCGUGUUCCUCUCAA